AAUUUUUUUUUUUUUUUUUUUUACCUUCCCCGGCUGCUGCCAUCAUGGCUGAGGUUGAUGACCUGAAUGGUCAUUCUGGGGACUACUUGCUGCCAACAGGAUACAAUCCUCGCAGACCAUCCAUCACUAUUGAACCACCACCUGGUGGUUCAAGCGUUGGUACCUCGAGACUCUUCUCACACCCAUCGUCUCACAUGCCCCCAUCGCCUUCGAGCCAUACCACCAACGCCGAACAGUCCUUCUCAGCGUAUGACCUUCACGAUUCCUUUACAGGACCAGUGGCAGAUUAUCUAGGAGUAGCGGACCCAGUAGAUUUACUGGGAAUUGGGUAUAACUAUGGAGACCCCACUAUACACCCCGACAACCUGGAUGGCAUCAGCCCAAAUACCAUUGUCCCAGAUACUGGGCUGCUUUCCCAACGUGCCCCUAGUGUUACCUACCAUGACAGAAUGUGCCACCUGGAGAAUGAGCUCGAAAGACUUAAAGGGACAACACAAAACAACAUUUCACAUCUCAAUGCAGAUCAAGUCAGUGAAAUGUGGAGUCUCUUGAAAAGACAUUUCGACGCAAUUGAAGGAAUGGUCCACAAGAAAGUCAAUUUCUGGGGUGAAACAUCGGCGCCUGCUACACCUAGCAAUGUUUCUUCCAACGCCAGGGCCCAAUACAUUUGCAAGCUUUGCUCUCCUGCCAGACGAGGAACCUUUCUGAACCGUGGCACCUUUGCCCGCCACAUUGCACAUAAACAUGCUCCUCGAUCUAGGUACCAUUGCUUUUUCCCAGAAUGUCCAUGGACCGGAAGCAGAAGGGACAAGAUCCACGAGCAUCUUCGAAUGAGGCACAGAUACUAUGAGAGCUUGUCGCCUGCGGUUGUCAAUGGCCUGAAACGACUAAUGCAAUCUCCAAGGGAAUGUGCACUUUGCUCAACACCAGUCAGCUCCUGGGAGGCGUACUUUGAAUGUGUUUGCACUCACUGCCAUAUUUCGGAAGACGAUGCCACCGAAAGCAACAGCAGUUUGAGCAGAAGAGGUAGUGGUGGCAAUGGUGGUGGCAGCGGGAAUGGCUAUAAUGGCCCACCCCCGGAUGGCUAUGGUGGAGGAGGAGGAGGAGGCUCUCAAUUCCCACCCCAAAACGGAUACUACAACAACCCCUACAAUGGAGGCUCUUUUUUCCCAAACCAAGGAUACAGCUUCGCCAACGGAAGAAACCCCAACACUGAGCACAGCCCCAUGGAUGCCACCAAUGACGCUGGUCUGAACUCUCGUUUUCCUUCUGAACCGAAUCCUUCACACAGCCCCAGAACGGGCAACGGUGGCACAGCGGUCCCGUGCAAAGAGGAGGAAAUAUCUCCUCUUUCACUCACCCCACCUCAACCAAGGUUUUUCUCCGGCUCAAUGCUCCCUGGCGAAAUUCACCCUAAAAAGGCCAGACCUAGCCCCGUUGAACAGCGCCCCGGGAAAGACCCGAAACAUGUUCUAAAAGAGGAUCCCCAAAGGAAACGCAAGACCUGUGGCUAUGAAUUUGGUGGCUGCUCAGAGGGAAAGUUGUCAAACCAAGCCGGAGACACACGCCGCCAGUCGGCUCAGAAGAAAGAAGCGCGAGCAAGUUUCCCCUCGCAUGGCUACAGUCAAUUCCAAGGUUCUUUUUGCGAAGUCACCCCAAAACGACCUAUGCGAAUGAACAAUUCAGUGGGCCAAGCUCCAUCAUUUUAUGGCCCAGGGACCGGCGGAUUCAAAGGCCAUGUAAAAGGCCCUAACUCUUGCCAAAUCUCUGCGCGAUCCUAUAAUCAGAAGAAGAACUUGGGACAAUGGACAGCGGGAGCUAUUCGCAAUGUCUGGAAAGAUCCAAUGAAAAAUGCCCAGCUUACCUCUCCCACUGAGGACACCCAAGCCUUGGUUGCCUUGAAUACUACCGCGACCCCGGGCAAGGCAUCUAUAUCACAACAAGCCUUCACCGAGGCUGCAAUGGCUCUGCCAAUUCGUUUGAAUGGGCUUUCAGGACCUGAUUCAAACGCAUCAACCAGUGUCCUGAGCCCUAGGAAGCAGAUGGGAUCGAUGGGGUCAGUUUCAAAUGACACCCAUUCCAAAGUCAACAAGCCCACACCGAAAGGAUACCGUGCGGUCAAGAGCUCUCCGGGCACUAAGAAGAACGGAAAUCCCUUCACCAUAGAUUUGAUUGCUUGCGUUGAUGUAUACCGACCAGGAAGGUUUGAGAAACAUCCUUCUCUGUGCCUAAUAUUGAAGGCCAUCAUUCAAUUCCGCAGAUUGCGCUCCAAAAGUACAGAAAUGCAUUCGGCGAUGGAAAUUACGGAUGGAACCGAUUUUGCAGAUCCUAAGCCACAGGAUAUCGACUUUUCCCAGGUGCCUCUUGACCUUAGCUACGAAUCGAUGCUUCUCGGGUCACUUGACGCAGGUAUUAUGAAUGGCCUGUCUUUCGGCAAUUUAUCGGAACUCGACCUGCGGGGUGAUGAUGACCUGCCACAGAAUGCUAUGUUAUUUGGAUGUUGAUCGGUGCUCCAGCUUGGAGAUAGUAUUUGGUCAACAAACCUAUGCGCUGACGACCAAGUGUCUUUGAUGAUCUACGACCCCAUUUCUUUAGUUAUUGGAUUGAUGUUUUGUUUCUCAUGUCGAUUUCUAUAUUUAUUUCUUCGGUAUUUUCCCUUUUCUUCACGUGGUAUAUACUAAUGACUAUUGGGAA